UAUGCUUUUGUUUCGAUAUCAACAGAUGAUGAUGUUCCUCAACCAAAGGCCCCAGAACCUGAAAUUCCUGAGAUUUCUGAUGCCUGUAAAGACGACAACAACAACAACAUUGAGGCACAAAUUUUCAGCUUCCGUGAAUUAGCCAUGGCAACCAAGAACUUCAGACGAGAAUGUUUGUUAGGGGAAGGUGGCUUUGGGCGGGUUUACAAGGGAAAACUUGAAAAAACCGGCCAGGUUGUAGCAGUAAAGCAACUUGAUCGAAAUGGAAUACAAGGAAAUAGAGAGUUUCUUAUUGAGGUGUUAAUGCUAAGCUUCUUGCACCAUCCAAACCUUGUCAAUCUUAUCGGCUAUUGUGCCGAUGGAGAUCAAAGGCUUCUGGUUUAUGAAUACAUGCCACUCGGAUCUUUAGAGGACCAUUUACUCGAUAUUAGACCGCAUCGGAAGCCAUUAGAUUGGUAUACAAGAAUGAAGAUAGCAUUAGGUGCUUCAAAAGGUUUAGAAUAUUUGCAUGACAAGCCUAAAGUGCCUGUCAUCUAUAGAGAUUUGAAAUCGUCCAAUAUCUUGCUGGAUGAAGAGUUCAAUGCUAGACUCUCUGAUUUCGGGUUAGCCAAGCUAGGACCCGUGGGAGAUAAGACGCAUGUAUCUUCCAGGAUCAUGGGAACGUACGGUUAUUGUGCCCCGGAAUAUCAGAGAACCGGACGUUUGACGGUGAAAUCCGAUGUUUAUAGUUUCGGAGUUGUUUUGCUCGAGUUGAUCACCGGAAGGAGAGUUAUCGACACCACCAGACCAGGCAAAGAGCAAAAUCUAGUUGCAUGGGUACGCCAUUUUCCCCUCCUUUCUCCCCCUUUCUACUGUUUCUUUCUUUACAUGCUAAGAAUACUUUUUCGAUGCCCAAAAAAAUCAUAG